AUGUCAGAAUCAUUUUUAAAUCAUUUGCCAGAGGAAUUAAGGGGUAGAGUUGUGAAAAUAACAAGUGUUCUUCCAAAUUCUCUCUCCAUAUUCCAGGACGUUUACAAUUUCGCCUUAGACGAGGUCCUUGAAUCAAAGAGGAAGCAAGUAAAGAGUUCAACUAGCAUUAAUGGUAAACAUGGUGAACAAGACAAAGUGGAGGAAAGUGAUAUCAUACUCAAAUUAGAUAAUGUGUCAGUACUUUCUCCUUUACGUAGGAAGUUAUCACUGGCAUUACAUCUCUCUUCAACAACUAAGAAACCUGUAUUAUCUCUCUUAAAAGAAGAUCAUAGCAUCGAAUUUAGCAUCACUGAUUUGAAAUCAUCUAUAAAUAUGGCCUCUUUUCUGCCUGUUCCAGAAAAGCAAGGCAUAAUGUACCUAUUUGUAAGUUACAAGCAAUCGAAUAAUCCAAAAUACACAGAACCACUGUUAAUAACUCUGAAUAAAGAAUCCACACUGCAGCAGUUUGUCAAUCUAGGUAUAGUUUCAAGUGACGAGAAAGAUUUCAAGAAAUGUGUGGAUUAUUUGAGAAAACAGGCAAUUAUAACGGGCUUUAGAAUAAAUGAUCCGUUUGCAUCUGAAUCCAAUGCAUUCCACGUUGAUUGUCAUAGAAGUACCAAAGAAGGUGUCUUAUACUUCCUUUCAGACCAUAUUAUUUUUGGCUUCAGGAAACCAAUUCUUCUGUUUAAUUCAUCUGACAUUGAAUCUAUUACAUAUUCAUCGAUCACAAGAUUGACAUUUAAUGUCACUCUUAUAACAAAAACUAAUGAAAAAUAUGAGUUUUCAAUGAUUGAUCAAAAUGAGUAUGGUAAAAUAGAUGAGUAUGCAAAAAAGAGGGAAGUUAUAGAUAAAUCCAUGUCCGAUGAGUUGAAGGCCAAGAAAAUGAAUCAGUCGCAUAAUGAAGGGCAAUCUGCUUUGAAAGAGGCUUCCGAACAAAUUGAAGUAAACAUUAAUAACAUACCAAUGGAUUCUGAUGAUGAAAAUGAUGAAAAUUUUGAAGGCGAGAGUGAAUUGUCAGAUGGAAGUGACGAUUCUGAUGAAGACAGUGGCGAAGGAUCAGAAGCUGAGGAGGUUGUAGAUGAACAACAGGAGGAGGGGGAAGAAAAAGAAGAAGAGGGAAAGUUCUCUAUUCCGCAUAAUGACGCCAUAAAACAGGAAAUUCCAGUUGAUGUAAAAAAAGAAAUGAAAGAUCUUCAUGAAAAUAGUCCUGACGUUGUCCCGGCUGACUUUGAGGAUAUUCCAAUUGAAAUAGAUGAAGAUGAUGAUUCCGGUGUUGAAUACGACUAG